ACCAAAACUUGGAAAUAACAGAAUCCAAAAGUAUUUCUAAGUUUUCGUAGGAGAGGGCAGUAAAAGCGCUGAUCAUACGAAAUGAGGGCAAUCACAGCUUUGUUUUUCCUUUUCUGUUUCGUUGCUCCCUCUGCUUUGGCGCAGCUCCGACAAGGGUUCUACGGCCGCUCAUGCCCUCGAGCUGAAUCUAUCGUUGCUAAUGUUGUUGCCAGCCGUUUCCGCCGUGACCGUUCCAUCACUGCUGCAUUUCUUCGUAUGCAGUUUCAUGAUUGCUUUGUCAGGGGUUGUGAUGCUUCCCUCUUGAUCGACCCAAGACCUGGAAGGCCAUCAGAGAAAAGCACUGGACCAAACGCAAGCGUGAGAGGCUACGAGGUCAUUGAUGAGGCUAAGAGACAACUAGAGGCUGCAUGUCCCCGAACUGUCUCAUGCGCAGACAUUGUAACUCUAGCCACAAGAGACUCGGUCGCAUUAGCCGGCGGUCCAAGAUACUCAGUACCAACAGGAAGACGUGAUGGAUUAAGGUCAAACCCUGGUGAUGUGAACUUACCCGGACCAACAAUUCCGGUUAGCGCAUCUAUCCAAUUGUUUGCAGCUCAAGGUAUGAAUACCAACGAUAUGGUUACACUUAUUGGUGGUGGACACAGCGUUGGUGUUGCACAUUGCAGUCUCUUCAGGGACAGGCUUGCCGACCCAGCAAUGGACAGGUCAUUGAAUGCUAGGUUGAGGAACACAUGUCGUGCCCCAAAUGACCCAUCAGUCUUUUUGGACCAAAGGACUCCAUUUACUGUGGAUAACGCUAUUUAUGGAGAGAUCCGAAGACAAAGAGGAAUUCUAAGAAUUGAUCAAAACUUGGGUCUCGCUGGAUCAACCCGUGGAAUUGUGUCAAGUUUUGCAUCGAGCAAUACACUCUUCAGACAGAGAUUUGCCCAAGCCAUGGUGAAAAUGGGUACCAUUAAGGUUCUUACUGGACGCUCUGGAGAGAUCAGGAGAAACUGCAGAGUCUUCAACAACGGACGUUGAUUCUUCUACACAUUCUUUAUAAUUAUUGCGGAAUCCUACGUUUUUCUUUUCUUUGCUUUUUCUUACAAAUCAAAUCGGAAAGUGUCCUUUGUUCCGGUAUCUAUGUUUUAUUUUUCCCUUAAAAUUGAUUCGCGUGUUGCAUGGACUAUAUUUUGUUUUUGAUACUAACUUGAUUUUUCGGCUCUGUGGCGUUUUAA